AUAAUAGAACUUUUUGACAGGUUAAAAAAAUGGCACUACCAAAAGUGAUAGCGCAUACAUUUUAUAAGCAAAAUUUAAUAAAUAAUGCAAUUCGAUGCUCUUUAAGCAAUAGAAAAUACUCAGAUUGGGUCCCAAAACCAAAUAAAACUCAUACAGACCAGCAAUGGGAUGCAGAUGAUUACAGAAAUGUACGUUUCAUAGACAAACCAAAACAUGUUAACACCAAUUUUAGUAUAAAACUAAUCAAUGAAGUUCCUCCAAAACCGACCAAAGCCCGUGUGAUUGCUUGUGAUGGUGGCGGUGGACCUUUAGGCCAUCCAAAAGUUUAUAUCAAUUUGGAUAAACCAGGCAAUCAUACUUGUGGAUAUUGUGGCUUACGUUUUGUUAAAGAAGAACAUUAAAUGUGUAUAUUGUUCGUAAAUUAUUUGUAUCAAAUUGUUAGAAAUUAAAUAAUUCAA